UGAUGUUGGUUGCAACAGUGACUGAGAUUCGAAAGCGCCCAUCUUUUCAUGUCUAUUGACACUGAUAGUUGAUAUAUCACUUCGCUUGUUCAUGUUCUCUUUUAACCCUCUAUUUCUCUCCUCCUUUGUUGCUUCAUCAUUGUCAAGCACUGUGUUUGAACUUCAUCCAAACUUCAGCUCUCAAAACAACUCAUACAAAAUUAAAGUGAAAGAAUUUCGCAAGAUGAUGAGUUCUCUUGAAGCUCAUGAACCUUCAAAGAAGUCACCAAUGUGGCUUUAUCCUAAGGUUUUAGGCUUCAAUCCUCCUGAGAGAUGGGGUCACUCAGCUUGCUUUUCUCAUGGUGUUGUUUAUGUUUUCGGGGGAUGUUGUGGGGGUUUGCAUUUCAGUGAUGUUCUGAUGCUAGAUCUGGAUACAAUGGUAUGGACCACUCUUGCUACCACAGGUCAAGGACCUGGUCCAAGGGAUAGCCACAGUGCUGUUCUUGUGGGGAAAAAGAUGAUUGUUUUUGGAGGUACCAAUGGUUCUAAGAAGGUAAAUGACCUUCAUAUAUUGGAUCUUGGGUCAAAGGAGUGGAUACGGCCUGAAUGUAGAGGUGUUCCACCUUCUCCUCGUGAGAGUCACACUGCAACACUUGUUUGUGAUGAUAAAAUGGUUAUAUUUGGAGGUAGUGGAGAAGGUGAAGCAAAUUACUUGAAUGAUUUUCAUGUUCUAGAUCUCAAAACUAUGAUAUGGACUUCUCCAGCAGUGAAGGGGGAUAUUCCUGUCCCCAGGGACAGUCACAGCUCUAAUGUAAUAGCUAAUAAGCUUUUUGUGUAUGGUGGGGAUUGUGGUGAUCGGUACCAUGGAGGUGUUGACAUGCUUGACAUGAGAACAUUCACUUGGUCAAGGUUGGCAGUGCAAGGACCUUCACCAGGUGUAAGAGCAGGUCAUGCUGCUGUAAAUGUAGGAACAAAGGUUUAUAUCAUUGGGGGGGUAGGAGACAAACAUUACUAUAAUGAUGUUUGGAUUCUUGAUGUGUGUACUUGCUCAUGGACUCGACUUGAUAUAUGUGGCCAGCAACCUCAAGGACGUUUUUCUCAUACUGCUGUUGUUACUGACUCAGAUAUUGCCAUCUAUGGAGGAUGCGGGGAGGAUGAGCGUCCUCUCAAUGAAUUGUUGGUCUUGCAGCUUGGGUCAGAGCAUCCCUAUGGUCGUUACAACGUUUCCAUGUGCAAAAUAUUCGGAAGCCAUUGGAGCCAAGCAAAGCGAAAGUUCCCUGGAGUAGCGGACGAAAACUUGAAAACUAUGUGUUUCGGAAUUAAAGAAGUAGUCAGAAAUGAAGCUCCUGAACAAGAAUUAGAGCCCAACCAAUCUUUUCAGUUCAAUUCAGAUACUUUACAUCCAAAGAAGAGAAGAACUUCAAAUCCAGCUACAGUAUGGGAUAUUGAAUCAGAACAAGAAGAGCAUUCCCUUUCACUCUCACAGCAUUCUUCACCAUCACAAUCUGACCAAGAACAAGCCCCAGAAUCUAUCACGGGUUCAAAGGGGUUCAAUUUGUUCAAGUGUUUGAAUCAAGUUCCUAAUAAUAGCCAGCUGAACAGCAUUCCAAGUAACCAUCAUGUUUCCAGAAACAUGAUCCCAAGAACUCCACAAACCAUGUUUCCAAGUAAACAUCAAGACAAUGAAAAAUCAGAACAACUUGUUAAUGUAGUUCAUGCAGGUCAACAGGGAACUCAAUAUCCAACCAUGGAACUGAAACCAGGGGAGGCAGAAUCAUCCAUUCAUAAUCUGAUUGGUGCUGAGGUUCACGGAAAAGUUGAUGGAGCCUUCGACUCAGGUUUCCUAAUGACAGCAACGGUUAAUGGGAGAAUUUUCCGAGGGGUCUUAUUUCCUCCUGGGGCCAGGAGUGUCUCAAGAGGGUUGAUGGCCGCUCAAACUCCAUCUUCAACAAGCCAUAUUGCUGUUGCUCAACCAUUCUCAAACUCAAAUCCUGUUGAAGCCUUAAAGCCUUCUCAGCUGGCAACUGGAUUAUCCAUACCCGAGUCUCAUCAGAGCUACCAACAAGCUCAAGCCAGCAGACAUUUUCCAGUCAUAGGAGCCUCUCCACCCCCAUCUUUAGGCAAAGAGUCUAAGCUGAGAAGUGAUCUCCAAGGUGUGUUUCUAACCCUGGGAGGACCUGGAACUGGAGAAUCAUAGACAAAUCAAAACCAUCUUCUUAGAUUCAAGACUAGACCCUUGUUUUAUUUGUCAUGUAAAUCUUAGUGAUCUUUUAAGAUGGUUGUUAACAUGUUACCAGUCAGUCACGAAGAGUUAGGUAAGUUGGUUGAUUUUCAUCUACUGUUCAAGAUCUUCCAUGUUACUUGUCUGACAUUAUUCUGAUUAACGUAUCUUUUUCAUCAA